AUCAGCCGAUCACUCGCACCGCAGCUCUCGAGGCUAGUGGUCGGGUAACGCGGCGCGAUCCGAGAAAAUGAGGAACUUUAUAAAGUUUCUCAUACUUCUGAACUUCGCUUUCGCGCUAGCCGAAUCCUGCCCCUCAAAAUGCCAGUGCCUCCGAAACUCGGUCCGCUGCCUCCACCAAGAUCUGCAGGCGAUACCGAAGGCACCCGACGACGCUCACACGCUAGAUCUGCGAUUUAAUCGUAUCUACGAUAUCGCACCGAGCGUGUUCAGCCAUCUUCACCGGUUGAGGUCACUCCUUCUGAACGACAACCAGUUGUCUGAACUGCGGUCGGGCGCUUUCCACGGGUUGCGACGCCUCAAAUACCUGUACCUGUAUCGCAACCGCAUCCAACACAUCGAAUCUGAUGUAUUUCACGGCAUGGCUCAUUUGGAACAAUUGUACCUCCAUGUUAAUGAGAUACAUCAGAUUCAACCCGAAACAUUCUCUAAUCUACCACGACUCGAACGAUUAUAUUUACACAACAACAAUUUAAAAACGAUUCCCCCUGGCUCGUUCCGUGGAAUGCCGAAAUUGCAUAAGCUUCGCUUGGAUAGUAACGCCCUUGUAUGCGACUGUGCCAUGCUCUGGUUUGUUCGUAUGCUCGCUGAACACAGCGAUAUGAGCAUUGCUGCCACUUGCUACGAACCGGCCGCUGCCACUGGAACAUCCCUUGCUACUAUGAAAGAGAAAGACUUUCACUGCCGGCGCCCUGAAAUCAAAUCGGACCCUGAAGACGUCAUAGUCACCUUUGGGGAAGACGCUAUGUUCACUUGCACUGCAUCUGGAGAACCAGAACCUGAGAUUGUUUGGCUUCGUGAUUCAGCAGCAAUACCUGAUGAUAAGUCACGAUACGAAGUUAUGGGUAAUGGAACUUUAAUGGUUCAUAAUGCAGAUGAAAAUGAUAUCGGAAUUUUCGAGUGCACCGCUAAGAAUCCAGCUGGAGAAGUCAAGUCCAAGGCUGCCAGAAUGAUUAUUCAAAGUAAACCAGACGACAAUGGAUUCCCAGUAUUCACUACAUUGCCGAGAAAUCUGGUUAUUAAAAUUAAUCAACCUAGUGCUCGCUUUGAUUGUGUGGCUAAAGGAAAGCCUAAUCCCUACAUUUCUUGGUACUUUAACGGGGACAGAAUUUUACUAAGCGAAAGAAUUUCUAUGCUUCACAAUGGUUCUAUAGUUAUCGAGGACAUUCAGCACGAGGAUGCAGGACUGUAUACCUGUCAAGCAGAGAAUAUUAACGGAAAAAUAAAGGCGUCAGCUACUUUCGAAGUUAUGGUCGCUCCCGCCUUCAUUAAAGUUCCAACGGAUCAAACUAUUGCAGUUGGCGAGACUGCUCAAUUUAUGUGUACAGCCAGAGGAGUACCUAAACCCGUUAUGACUUGGUAUAGGAACACUAUGGUCUUACCUCCUAGCGAAAAUAUACUACUUACAGAUGAAAAUCGAAAUUUGACUAUAAUAGAAGCAACUGAAGAUGAUGCUGGUUUAUAUCACUGCAGAGCUGAGAAUUCCGAAGGUCUUACUGAAAUAUCUGCUAUUUUGAAAGUAGAAAAUUUCCAAAUCGUUCCACCUAAGAUAAUAUUGCGACCAGAAGACACAGAUGCCUUUAAAGAAACUUCGGUGCAAAUGCCUUGUGAGUAUGAAAGUGAUCCACCAGCAACUGUUGAAUGGAGAAAAGAUGGAAAUCGUAUAACACCAAAUGAAAGAGUAUCCAUAACUCUAAUUGGAAGUUUAGUUAUCAAUAACGUUACACUUACUGAUGCUGGGCAUUACGAGUGCACAGUUUUCAAUGAAAAUGGUCGCGAUGCUGCUUCGCUAUUUUUAACUGUCAAAGACAACGUAUUACCAGGAGAUGAAUACAUAAAUAUAGCACUUACAGAAGCAACAAGAGAUGUUGACCAAGCGAUUGCAAAAACCAUAAAACAGCUGUUUAGCAACAAAAGUUCGGAUGUCAACUAUCAUGAUCUUUACAGAAUGACUAGAUUCCCAAAUGCACCAGCAAGAGAAAUAGCACGUGCAGCUGAAAUUUACGAAAGAGCUUUAGAUAAAGUACGGGAAUUUAUUCAAGCAGGAUCGACAGUAACUUCAAUGGAACCUUUCACAUACGAACAUAUCUUAUCUCCUCAACACUUAGACAUAUUAGCUAGAUUAUCUGGCUGUGUAGCGCAUAGAGAAGCCAAAGAUUGUUCCGACAUGUGUUAUCACAACAAAUAUCGCAGCAUUGAUGGUAGUUGCAAUAAUUUUGACUAUCCCACCUGGGGCACGUCUCUGACUGGUUUCCGCAGAAUACUUUAUCCUAUUUAUGAAAAUGGAUUCAGUCAACCGACUGGGUGGAAUAAAAAUGUCAAAUAUAAUGGUUACACUUUACCAAGUGCACGAUCAGUGUCAGUAUCCAUUAUCAGUACAACUGAAAUAACAGAAGAUAUUCAAAUUACACAUAUGACUAUGCAAUGGGGUCAAUGGCUUGAUCAUGAUUUGGAUCAUGCUUUACCUUCUGUGAGUUCGCAAACAUGGGACGGCGUUGAUUGCAAGAAAACUUGCGAUUAUGCACCACCAUGUUUUCCUAUUGACGUACCUGAAAAUGAUCCUCGAAUAACUAAUCGUCGCUGCAUUGAUUUUGUCCGAACUAGUGCAGUGUGUGGCUCUGGUAUGACAUCAGUAGUUUUUGGUAGACUACAGCCCAGAGAACAAAUUAACCAACUCACAUCGUUCAUUGAUGCCUCUCAGGUUUAUGGCUUUGAAAAAUCUGUCGCAGAAGACUUGCGAGAUUUAACAAAUGAAAAUGGUACUUUACGAGUUGGAGCGCAAUUCCCUGGUAAAAAACCCUUACUUCCGACAACUGGUUUAAAUGCAAUGGAUUGUAGACGCAACCUUGAAGAAAGCACUCGCAGUUGUUUUGUUGCAGGAGACAUUAGAGCGAAUGAACAAAUUGGUCUAGCUGCAAUGCAUACCAUUUGGAUGCGUGAACACAAUAGAAUCGCUACGAGUCUGAAAGCUUUUAAUCCAUUCUGGGAAGGGACGAAAGUUUACAAUGAGGCCAGAAAAAUUGUUGGAGCACAAAUGCAGGUUAUCACAUAUACCCACUGGUUACCUCUUAUCCUCGGCCCAGAAGGGUAUUCUCAAUUAGGUGCUUACAAAGAAUACAACUCCAAUAUUAAUCCUUCUGUGUCGAAUGUAUUUGCUACAGCAGCUUUGCGAUUUGGGCACUCGAUGAUAAAUCCCAUUCUACAUCGCUACGACGAGAACUUCGAGCCUAUAGCACAAGGUCAUUUGCUUUUACGUAAUGCUUUCUUUUCUCCUUGGAGGUUAGUCGAUGAAGGUGGUGUGGAUCCUUUACUCAGGGGAAUGUUUACUACACCCGCUAAAUUGAAAACAUCUACACAGAAUCUUAACACUGAGCUAACUGAAAAGUUGUUCCAUACUGCGCAUGCCGUUGCUCUUGACUUAGCUGCUAUUAAUAUUCAAAGAGGUAGAGAUCACGCUAUUCCACCAUAUGCAAAAUGGCGACAGUUCUGUAACAUGACAGAAGUCAACGACUUCGAGGAUUUGUCCAAUGAGAUUUCUGAUAAAAGCGUAAGGGACAAACUUAAGGAACUGUAUGGCUCUGUGCACAAUAUCGAUGUUUGGGUUGGUGGGAUUUUAGAAGAUCAAGUAGAAGGUGGUAAAGUUGGACCUCUAUUCAGAUGUCUUUUGAUAGAACAAUUUCAGCGUUUACGAGACGGUGACCGCUUUUGGUACGAAAAUCCCUCGACUUUCAAGCCCGAACAAUUACGACAGAUUAAAAAAGCAAACUUGGCUCGCGUUCUCUGUGACAAUGGUGAUAAUAUUGAAUCAAUCAACGAAAAUGUGUUUAUACUUCCUGAGGUGCAAGAUGGGCUUAUUUCGUGUGAAGAUUUGCCAUCAAUUGAUUUUCGAUAUUGGGCGGAUUGUGAGUCUUGCGGUGAAGAUAGUUACGAUACUAAGUCCAAUCGAGUACGCCGAGAUGUGUCAAAUGACCUCGAUGGUCUGUUUCUAGAAGAAACCCACCGUAUUGACGUAUUAGAAGAUCUGAUGUACAAUGAAAUGAGAUCCACAAUUGCACAAUUGCAGAAAAAAAUACUAUAUUUGGAAAAAGCUUGCUUAAAGAAGUAAACGAAAUUUUAAAAGCUUUCUUGACCUGACUUUGGAAUUCUCAUUGGUAUAAGUCUACGUAUAAAUUAUAGUAUAAUCUUGAUGUAUUAUUAUAUUCAAUGUUCACAAAAAGUAUAAAAAACAUCACAAAAAAAUUGCAUAUAUAUAUAAAAAGUAAAAAAAAUACUCGUUACAAUAUAAGUUACAAUCAAAGAAGUCUUGCGAAAAUUUAUCUUUUAAUAAAACACUUCAAAAUAGCUUUAAGUCUUUUCUAUGUGGUCCAACUAAAUAAGAAUUGAUUUUUAAUUUCUGACUAUUAUAUUACCUCUAUACUCCCAAUUUAUGUUUUUAUAUAUUACUGUAAGAAACUACCUAAUGAUUUAUAUUAAAUCGAUUAAAUAUAUACGUAUUUUGUUAUAAGUACCCUUUAUUUCUGAGCCCUUACUUCAGAGUUAGUGUUCUGUAGUCAAAGGAAUAAGAAUAUAUUAUAGAUUUACCAUAUUGUCUAUAUUUCCGUUUACCUAUAAUAUCUUUUUAAUCUCAUGUACUUUCAAAAUAAGACCGCUUCCAUCUAAGACCGCAUCGACACGUAGGUAACACCAGGUGAGAUCGCAGUCAAAGGAUAACUUGUCAUAGAUUAAAAAACAAAACCCUUAUCUGAAAUAUUGUUUGAAAAAAUAAAAGUCUGUAGGUACAAUAGUACAUGAAACACCUAUGACUAUUGUCUUACUAUUUUUAAAGUUAGCGGAGUAAAUACUUAGUUUGUUCAAUGUUUUAGCCAAUUUGCAACAUCAAUUUCAUGUACGAAUGGAAUGCAAUUUUUUUUAUUCUACCUGAUAAGCUCGAAUAUAAAUAUAUACGUAGGUAUAUAAGUAACGGACCCUGAAGUUUAACCUGCGUACUUUCCAUCUUCCCACGAAGAAACGUAGCUCAUGUUACUCCUUUUAAUCCACCGUUUCAGAGAUUAUAAACAGAACAGACAGAAGAAAAUUUAAAAAUCGAUUGUUUUACCGUAUUCUUCUAAAAUAUAUAUUAUGAAUUUAGUGGAAAGCUUUUAAAAUAACAAGAUGUUAUACUAAUUUUGUUUUAGUUACCAGAUAGAACUCCUCAAAACACACACACACACACUGUGUUAUCAGCACUACAGUGUUUAAAAUGUCAAAAAGCAUGACGUCACACUGAAAAGUGGCUGAAAUCUUGCGUUAAUACCCAAACAUUUCCCAUGCACAAUAUGUGAAUGUGUUGAAGUGCCUGGUUAAAAUAUAUAUUAUACCUUCUGCCUACAGAACCCAAUCUCACGCGUUACUAACACGCACUACGUUACGAAAAAUAGCCGGUUGCAAUUUUAAUGACGUCUCCGAAAUAAGCUGCCGGUGUCCCUAGACGCAGGUCAUUUAUCAAUACAAUGCGUGAGGCGAAUUCGGGUGGGUGGGAGGUGCGGCGGGGUGAUGCCCAGCCGCCACGCCCCUGUGUUACCGGGGAUACCCAAAAUCUUAUAUUGCACAGCUCAAAGCACGAUUUUCGGAAACGUCAUAAACAUUGCAUCCGAUUAUACCUAAGUUUUUCUCAAAGCAGUAUUAAAAUACUCUUUUCAGAAUUAAAUAAUUAAUCAAAAUUGUAUACCUUACCUACUUAUUAGUCAUCAAAUAUCUGUAUUAGGUGUCUAUAUACUUAUACAUGUCUAUAAACAUACUACUUACAAACUCUAGUCUUAACAAUAUACUUACCUAUUAGAAAAAUUGUAUUAUGUAACUUGAAGCAAUGGAUUUCUUUUGAAUAUACAUAUGAUUGUAAGUAUUAUACCUACCGAUGCAAUAUAUUUUGUACUCGCUAAUAUAAUUUAUGGUUCGUUAUUAUUUUCAGAUUUAAACAUAUAUUCAAAAUAAUAAAUAAGUAUAUUAUUGUAACCUUCUAAUAAUAUUUUAAGGUCUAAGUUUUAAUAACGCUCGAUGUAAUGUAACAAAUAAUUCGAGUUACACAGUAUUAUUAACUUUAUUUGCAUUUAAUGUAACAACUUGAAUUUAAGUUAAUUUACAUUACGGAUUGUUUCGUUAGUCAACAGUAUAUACGGUAUUCGAAUAGGAGAAACGAAAGGAUCCGUCCUUUAUUGAACAUAGCGGGGUCAGUGUCACGAAUUAAUGAGGAAAUGGUCAGUCUGAAUAGGUAAUUGACGAGCUUUCGUAGUAGGUGCCAUAAUAUGAACGCGAUUUUAAAUUGCGCUUACAGUAUACCUAAGCAUUGAAUGCAUAAAUAGUACAUAUAAGAGUUGUAAGAAGUAGGGAGACGCAGUGUAUUAGGCAGGGACUGAGAGAUCCUCUAAGUGUAACUAACAAAACUACACCAAACCUAUACGCAAUUUUUUUACCAAUAGUAGCAUGGUUGAACUGUGCCGUGAGUAGGUAGCUUAUUGCCAUUGGAAGGAGUUCGAUAGCCAGAAUAGGUAAUUACUCGUAGAUUUAUCUUAUUAGCAAACUUAACCCAUUGCAAUCACCAAAUGACCAACGUAAAUGCGUUCGGUCAUAACGCAUGCUUUUUACCGACUUCAAAAUAAGGAGGAGGUUUACAAUUCAACGCGUAUGUUUUUUUUAAUGUUUGCUGUUUUUUUAAUGUUUCCAUAACUUCGUCAUUUAUUAACCAAUUUUGAAAGUUACUUUUUUUGUUUGAAAGAGUUUCCAGAUUUUAUUUUCAUUAAAAUCGGUUUUAGUUAGUUUAGUUAGUAAUUUUGUGUUAAAAUCAAAAUAACUGAAAUACGUCUUUGAAGUCGGUUCCAUUUCUAAUUUAUAAAGAUAAUGUUUAUAUAUAAAUGCGAAAGGCUGGGAGAUAGUUUAUUGUCAAUAUGUAUCCGCUAGGAAUAUGCGAUAGGGCCGGGUAGGUCUAAAGACGGAAGGAGUCGCGGGUGUCCGCUAGUUUAAAAAAAAUUGGAUAACUUACUUAUAUACCUAAUUAUUAGGUUUGCGUUGACAAACCUACAGAAAAGCAUUUUUUUUCUGCAGGUACAUGGGUACAUAUAUGCGUAUUCUGCGUAGCUCUGAGUCUGUAACAUUUGUCACAAUUGAGGGUAUCACAGCUAGAAAAGUAACGAUUAUUUCGUAACGCAUCUCUUCGCUGUGGCUGUCCACUGCCACUGCAUACACAUUACUUUUUAUGAAACCCCAUAAAAAAUUAAAGGGGUCAAGUCUGGUCCGGUACAAAAUAAUCCAACCCCAGAGGUAGGAAAAUAGGGGAUGAUUUAGUGCUCAUCAGUAAAGUAAAACCACGCAUAACUUUUUGUAGAGUAGUCUGAUUUUUAUAACUCUUUUUUUUAUUGGAUAGGCCUCGAAGUUGGCCCCAUAUAAAUUAAUAAAAAAUAGUUUCUACCCUAAGGGUGGGAAAAUAGGGGUGAUAUAUUCAUAAUUCACAGUUUAAUGCUGAUUGCUUGUGUAGUUGGUACACACCUACCUAUUAUACGAACAAAAAAGAGAAAAAAAGAAGAAAGUAUUUACGUAAAAUUCGUUAAGUAAGUUCGUCGGAGGGGUAAUUUCAUAAUAUUUUUUUUUAUGUAGAUAACCUAGGUAGCACCAUUCUAAGCACAUUCUAGCUAUCACUAUAUAUUGAUUUAACUUCAUAAAUACAUAUACCUACUGCCAAAAUGAUUACCCUUACCUUCCUUUUGACUUCGCCGUAGUCGGGUAAAAAUAAAAUGAUAACAAAAUCAGAUACAUUUUCAAACAACAAAAACAGCACUGUGAAGCAAUAUAGCGAAUAAAGUAAAUGGCAAUCAUUAUCAUUAAAUUCUUGCUCAUUAAUUUAAUAAUCCCCUGUAGUAAUUCCAUUGGGACAGCUUUCUGUUACAGACGCACAGAUUGAAUUAACUUGCAUUAAGUAUACACAGCUUUUUACACAACAAUGCGAUUAUAACACGUACCUAUGAAUUAAUUAUACCUAUAAUUCUGUUAUAACUAGAGGAAGCCCGCGACUUCGUCCGCGUGGAAGACCCUAUUCAAAAAUUCUUGAAUCACAUUAUAUUUCAUGUCUUUUUUAUGAUUUAUUAACAAUUUUUUAAAACUGUUAACUCUUAAAAUUAAGGACUUUCCAUACAAACUUUCAAUCCCUUAUAAUUUUAUUUUAGGGUCAAAAAGUACUUACCCAUUUAACAUUAUACCAAAAUUCAUCUUGAUCGGCUCAGCCGUUUAACCGUCAAAAUGUAACAGACAGGCAGAUUUACUUUCGCAUUUAAAAUAUUAGUAUAGAUAAUAGCGGAUGCCCGCAACUUCGUUAGCGUAAAAUUCAGUUUUUCGUAAAUCCUGCGGAAACAACAUUUUUCCAGAUUUUUUAACCUACGUUAAAAAAGCGUCCAAAUACAACAAACGCCUUACCUUACCUUAUCAGCCGAUAGACGUCCACUGCUGGAUAUAGGCCUCUUGCAUGGACCUCCAAGCACAACGAUCUCGAGCCGCUAGCAUCCAGCGGCUCCCUGCAACCCGCUUGAUAUCCUCGGUCCACCUAGUGGGUGGUCGCCCAACACUGCGCUUUCCACAACAAACGCAUUCCCAAGUAAUUUAUUUAAGUCAUGUUAAAGGUAUGUGUUCACACGACAGCCUUUUUAAAAAACCGAUGCUUUUUUCGAGGAAUGUUGCAUUUUCAACUUUAGACUUUGGAAAUAGACCUUCAUUACAUCAUACUAUAUUUGAACGCUUUUUUAACGUCCGUUAAAAAACUCUCGUGUGAAUGAGGGCUAAAAUGAUUUAUAUGUACCGACCUAUUGCUGAUAUGUAAAUAAAUAAUAAAAAGAUUUUCACGACCUCCGUGGCGCCGUGGUAUGCGAGGUGGAUUUACAAGACGGAGGUCCUGGGUUCAAUCCCCGGCUGGACCUAUUGAGAUUUUUUAAAUUGGUCCAGGUCUGGCUGGUGCGAGGCUUCGGCCGUGGGUAGUUACCACCCUACCAGGAAAGACGCCCCGCCAAGCGAUUUAGCACUCCGGUACGAUGUCGUGUAGAAACCGAAAGGGGUGAUGAUUUUCAGCCUCCUCCUAACAAGUUAGCUUGCUUCCAUCUUAGAUCGCAUCAUCACUUACCAUCAAGUGAGAAUGUAGUCAAGGGCUAAGUUAAGAAGAAAGUCUCUACACAGUAUGAAGGCCGAUAUGACGUUUUUGUAGCAAAAAAAAACAGUUUUCCAAUUUUAUAAAAAAAAAUAACAAUUACCUAUUCAAUUUAUUAAAGAUUAUUUGUAGAUUUUUCUACUUCAAUGUAUUCUACAUACCUGUGCUUACGAUCUAGAACUAAAGGAACGUUCUAGAGUAUUUCAAUUACAUAAUGUUAAUUCAAUUAAAAAAAAAAUCAUUUAUAUUUAAUGAGUAGGUACAUAUUUGGUACUCAAGUAGGUACUAAAUUAGUUUCUUCUAUUAUAUACAUAUUAUACCUACAUAUACCUAAUCUAUAAUUAUCGUAUUAGAUCUAGGUACCUAAAAUAUGAAAUAUUUUGAUUCUAUUUAUUCAAUAUCUUUGUGUCUAGUAAAAGUAAGCAUAAAAUUAAACCUAAUACAUAUUUAUAAAUGAUGGUCUUUACUAUAUUGAAUUGUAAAGUAUGGGUUAAGCCCUGCACCAUGGUGUUUGAUAAACAUUGCAUUGCUGCACUAUUAUCUACCUGUACCAACGAUAUUUUAUACUAGCUUAUUAGCAGGAGCGUUGCUACCACCGUAGCCGUAUCAAUGAUAGGGGGCCCCCGGACUAUAGAGGCCCCUUACGUGUGAAAGCAUAUAUUAGGAAAAUGUAAUGCAUAAUCUCACUGAUUCUGGUGCUUCCCGUAAAAAAAAACACUUUAGAAAUUACAAAAGGCAAAAAAGCUAUUUCUUCUUUCCCCUAAUUUAAGCGUCGCUGUCAUGUUUUAUUUUAGGUAAGCAUUUUUGUUUUUUAUAGCCCUUUAUGUGGGCCCCUCAACUAAUUUAGGUACAGGGCCCCUCCAAAGCACGGUACUCCACUGCUUAUUAGAUAUCUACAUGUUAGGUACGUGCUUACAAAAUCGUGCCCACAAACUCUGACCACUAUAUUAUAUAGUUAGAGGCACAACUAUCCGCCCACUUUAAUAUACUCGCGUCAUAUUAGAGUGGGCGGAUAAUUGUGCCUCUGAGUAUAUAUUUGUGUAUACACCUACGUAUAGUUUAAAUAACUUUGGUUGUUUACUAUGCAAGACUAAAUGUAAUUACGACAAUAGCAGCUUAGUAUUCACGUGCUAGAGCCAUAUCUAAAGCAUAAAAUAUCGUUGACGUAUACAACAAUUUAUUUAUUAUAAAUCAAUCAAUCAUUAAAGUAUUUACCUAAACAAAUAAUAAUAAAAACAAAUCUACACAAUAUUUUCCGAACAACUUACAACUACAUUAUGUUUUAAAACAAUACAGUUAUCUACCUACUUAUCUAGGAAAAGGCAAAUGAAUAGGUAGGUACAUACUUGUAGUACUUCAUAAUCAAUAUCAUUCCGUUUUCAAGUAGGUACCUACCUAAGUGAUAUGCCAGUGGGCUAUAAUAAUAUUCCAAAUUCCAAUGGGCAGGGAUACAACCUAGCACCUUUCGGAAAUAAAAUAAAAGUAAAUUAGGCUACAUAAAGGUAUUCUUGUACGCGACACUCAAAGGUUGUAAAUUUGUAGUGCACUAGAUACCUACCAACUGUAAUUUGUGUUCAUGCAUUAAAUAAUUCAUUAGUAACAUAAUGAAUUAGUAUAGGUAAAUAUAAUUCAUGAUUAUAAAUUUUAGGUAAAUACUAAAUAUAUUAAUUUGAAUAUAAAUCUAAACACAGCCCUGACACACAACACGAAAGCCGCACUUUUUCAAUGAAUAUAAUACUACUUGUAUGAGUUGUAUGUAUGUACUUUUAUAUUAUGUAGUAAACUUCGAUUAAGCGGUACCUACAUAGGUAAUAUCUUGUACCGAAUCGUAAAUCUAUGGGUAAUAUAUUAAAGGCACUGUGGUAGAAUAUGAGUUAAACGUUGAAGCGAAUUAAUAUUUACAUGUCGCUUGUUUAUUGUACAGCUGCUUUUGUUCAAAAAUACUAAAUACCUAUCCUAAAAUAUUGAAUUAAUAUUUUAAAAGCUUUUUUCAACUAUGUUUAUCUAUAAAAAUAUGUAGCAUCAUUAGAGCAAUUCAAAGUGAUGCUGGUUAUAGUCUGGCAAGUUUGUUGAUAACACUCCCAUGACAUGCGGGCGACAGGGGGAAAGACUGUGCGGUGUGCGUGGGUGCGUGGAAAUCGUGCGUGCGGGGAUGUGACGUGCAUCAGUCGUGGGUUUUUCAUUAAUCGUUACACGCCCCCCGGCCCGCGCUGAACAUCGGGAGUGUUAUGAACGAAGUUGCCAAGCUAAAGAUUAAACAUGAAAACAAUUUUAGAGAUUUCGCAGUCAGGUUACCGUUUAGGCAGAUUACAGACGGGGCGGGACAGCGGCGGCGACGUGACGUAAUAGCCAUAUAGUAGAUCUAAAACAAUUAUUAUCUCGUGAAGAGAACAGGCAAUAGACAAAUGUCGACAUUAGCGGCGGAGUUGUUCCAGUCCUGGCUUUUUUGCCCUAACACAGCGAAAGAGAGCAAUAUUUCCACCCUCCACCGCUAUUGGUUGACAUUUUGUGUAUUAUCGAUAGCACUAACGCCGGAACGGCUGAGACUAAUUGGCGUGAUUACUAAUUUAUAAUGAAACAAGACGUCGAAUUAUUUUGAUCCAGGAUUCGUACUUGAUAAUACAAAGGACCGUUUGCCGUUUGCCGUUUGCCGUUUGCUUUUUGUGACGUGUUUAUCAUUAUUAUUCUAUAACACUAAUGGGUACAUUACAACUGCUCACGUUUCGUCUUCUGUCUGCCUAAACCAGCUUUUCGUAUUCACGUUAUGUCUAUUAAGUAGAUACUCGAUUAUACAACGCCAACGUCAACAAAUGCGAAAUCCCUUAUUGUUAAAAAAAUAUCAAUGUUUAGUGUUCUUGUCAUGUAAUUAUAAGGCUACGAGUAAGUUCAGAUUAAGAAUGAUUUGUUACUGUAACUUGUAAGUGAUAAUUUUAUACAGAAAUUCUCUAAGACCAGUUAAAGGUCGGUUCCUACGAUUGAUUCCCACUCGGAAUCUUAGGUCUUUCUUUAGUAAUUAGAAAUAGGCAGGCAGGAAGGAAGUACUACAGGCAAACAUCAUAUAGAUAGGUAUGAGGUAUACUGGCAAUUCGCCGGCAACCAUUUGCUGGUGAAAUUACAUGGGACGUAAGUGGUUGCAGCUUUCUGAAACAUAAAAAUCGUACGUCGUAUUAUGAGCGCUUGGUGGAAGGGACAGUGGCAUGGUCUUCAUAAAUUCAAAUAUACGUUGCCCACCCUUAGCUCUCAUUACGAACCUCUAUCUUUCAUUUUGUAUAAUUAAAAGUUAUAGUCGUUCCUUCUUCUUCUUAGAGUGCCUCCCCAUAACUGAAGGUCGGCGGACAGUUUUCUAAACUUUUCCUUGUCCAUAUCUAGACGGAAAAGUCCUUCGACUGUCUUUAUGCCAGUCCACUCCCUUAUAUCGUAGCCAGGACUUCUUUAUUCUUCCUUUUGCCUGCAAUCUUGCCCGUCACCAUGGUUUGAAGCAAAGGUAUUAAUCGUGUCGCAAAAUAUGCCUUAGGUACGCUUUCUUCCACUGCUUGAUGGUUAGUAGUGCCUACCCUAAUUAUUUUAAACAUUGCGCACGUCACUGAGAAGAGGUGUGACUAUAUCAUUUUCAAAAACCAUUCACCGCUUUAUAAGAAUAUAAAAAAUCAUCUUUCUAUUGCAUAUCAUCUACAAGUUGCAGUUAAUCUGAACAUAGUCGGAAAUAUAUUAAAUAAUUCACAUAAUUGCGUAUUUAAAAGUAUGUAAUGGACCAAAAUGGCACAAUGCUAUCGUGGAAAUUUAAUUUUGUUUGCCUAAGUUUACAAAAGGAAGUUAGCAAGACAUUUUGGUCUAUUAUUAUUUUUUAGAGAGAUCUAUAGUAACUUUGAGCGGAAAUCGCAACCACGAUUAUGAUAAAUUAUAAUCAAUAAUGAUGAUGAAUGUUCAUAAGUUAAAUGGAAUAUUAAUAUUAUUUAUAUUUUUUCUUGUCCUUUUCACUGCAAUAAUAAUAAUUAAUGCGUUUGUCAAAAUUAUAUAUAUGU